AUGGAUGCUGAUGAUGACUUGGAUCUGUUAGCCUCCCUCCUGGAAGAAAGUGAGGCUGCCGAGGAGAAGAGUCCUUCUGAGGAGGAAGACAUUCCAGAGGAAGAGAGAGGAGAACCAGAUGAAUACGACGAGCUCUUCGAUGCAGAGGAUGAUGCAUCCUACACUGAGGAGGCUGAUGCUGAGGAUAGUGUGGUCGAGGAGCAGAAGGAGAAUUUGGCUGCAUUGUUUGGAGAUGUGGAUGACCUGCUGGAAGAGGAGGAAGAGGAAGAAGCUGUUGCGACUUCAGCUCCUAGUCAGGCGAAAGAGAAAACCAACCAAGAAUUGCAAGCUGAGCUGAGAAAAUUGCAAGAACAGAUGAAGACGUUACAGGAGCAGUUGCAAAAGACUGCUAUUGGGCAGCCAUCCAGUUCAGAGCCUGAGAAGAAAACCCCUGGUAAAUCACUCUGUCAUCCAUUAAAGGAAAGGAAAGUUCAGAAACUGCAGGAGUCACCGUGUUUCUCGGCCCAGCUGGACAGUCCUUUACCAGCAGCCAAGCGACUAAUCCAGAAAUCAAAGACAUCUCCAGCAGAGACCAAGACUCCUCCUCCACGGCAAGUUCUCAGUUUGGCAUUCCAGCCUCUCAAGUCUGCCCCAGGGAACACAUCCAGUAAAAUGACCAGAGACAAGACUCCUCAGGUGCCCACAUGCUCCAGUGCAACAGCUCAGCCUGUGUCUGUGGAAACCUUCUCUGGACUGAGAUUAAGAAAACCCCGUGUUUCAUCAGCUGAAAUGGAGAGGAAAAUGGCUAAUCGAAAGCUGAUCAGACUGUCACAAAUAAGGAACAAAUCUGCUGGAGAAAAUUUGGAGGAAACAGACUGGGUAACAUUUGGAGUCAUAGUAAAGAAGGUCACUCCUCAGAGCUCAAAUAAUGGCAGAACCUUCAGUAUUUGGCGGCUGAACGACCUACGGGAUCUCAAUCAGUGUAUCUCAGUGUUCUUGUUUGGUGAUGUCCACAAAGAGCACUGGAAGACCGACCAAGGCACAGUCAUUGGGUUGCUCAAUGCUAAUCUCAUGAAACCUAAAGAGGGCUCAGAUGAGGUGUGUUUGUCUGUUGACCAUCCCCAGAAGAUCCUCCUCAUGGGUGAAGCCCUGGACAUGGGGACCUGCAAAGCCAGGAAGAAGAAUGGUGAUCCCUGUGCACAGAUUGUGAACUUGAAUGACUGUGAAUAUUGUCAGUAUCAUGUACAAUCCCAGUACAAGAAGCUCAGCUCAAAGCGGGCAGAUUUGCAGUCCACCUUCUCUGGAGGCCGUGUACCCAAGAAAAUUGCUCGGAAAAAUCCCAGUUUGAAGGAGAGGCUGUGUCAGGAUGGGUUUUACUAUGGAGGCGUCUCUUCAGCGGCGUAUGCGGCCUCAGUUGCAGCAGCUACAGUGCCAAAAAGGAAAAUUCAAACCACUCUCUCCAAUCUGGUCGUGAGAGGAGUUGAUGCAAUUGUCCAGGAAACCAGGCAGAAAAUUGGUGUGGCAAAGAGACCUGCGCUAUGUUCUGAGGAGUUCAAAGAACUGCUGGCACAGCCAACCUUUGGAGCACGAAACCUCUGCAAACACUGGACCAAAGCUGAUGCUGAAAAGAAGCAAGGGGCCAAUUUCCAGUCUAUCUCUGCUUCAGCACUGCUCAGGCAACAGAAACAGAAACUGCUGGAGGCCAGAAAAAAGCGAUCUGAAGAGAUUCAGAGGCGGUUUCUCCAGAACACAAGUAAAGCCAGCUGCUCCACACUUCUGUCCUCCUCCAGACAGUCUUCACUCUAUUCCCCAACACCUGGGGCAGAGUUUCCCAAAGCUGCAAAAAUGUCAACUCCCCAAAGGCCCAGGCUUGGUACAGGCUUCUCAGAAGGAGAAGAUAUCCUCUUCUAUGAUGGGUCUCCACCUCCUGCACCAAAGCUAGACAGCUUGGCUGAAGCCAAAAAGCUAGCUGCAAUACACCGACUACGAGCAAAAGGCCAGAUUCUUGCUAAAACUGAUCCAAACAGUGUCAAGAGGAAAAGAUCUGAUCUUAGUGAUGUCCUAGAAAUUACUGAAAGAGUUGAGAAAAAUGUUGCUCAACCACAGGAAGCAGGAAAUGAUAUGAAUGAACUGGAGCCUGCCCAAAAGAAACGUCGAGAACAGCUGGCCUAUCUGGAAUCAGAAGAGUUCCAGAAAAUCCUAAAUGCAAAGUCCAAGCACACGGGCGUCUUGAAAGAGGCUGAGGCUGAGCUGCAGGAACAAUAUUUUCAGCCACUAGUGAAAAAGGAAGAAAUGGAAGAGAAGAUGAGAAACAUUAAAGAAGUAAAGUGUCGAGUUGUGACAUGUAAAACGUGUAAUUACACCUAUUUCAAGCCUCUGGAGACGUGUGUGCAGGAUAACCAUGACUACCACUGGCAUGAUGGCCUCAAGCGAUUUUUCAAAUGUCCUUGUGGCAACCGAGCUAUUUCCCUUGACAGGCUCCCCAAAAAGUCCUGCAGUACUUGUGGCCUCUUCAAAUGGGAGCGAGAUGGGAUGCUGAAGGAGAAGAAAGGUCCAAAGAUUGGUGGAGAAACACUUUUACCAAGAGGAGAAGAACAACCAAAAUUCCUCAACAGUCUUAAGUGA